CAUAAAAUUUAUAAUAAAAAAAAAGCAAUUGAAAUUUCUUCUCUGUACCGUGUGUUAAAAAAAUUGCAAAAAUUCCAUCCAUAGACAUGGCGAAUCCGGAGGUGACGCGGGUGAUAAGCCUGCCGCUGCCGCCAACGCAAUACAUAAAUCUCUAUACAGAUGAAAAUAUACGUCGAAAUCGUGCACCUCGUCCACCGCCACCCAUUUCAGACACCUACAGCAUGUUCGGCGUGCAGUACAACAAUGAGGAAAUGAUACGUUCACUGGAAUCUCAGAACAUUAAGCGUCUCAUACCAAUACACUUCGAUCGUCGCAAAGAACUCAAAAAAUUGAAUCAUUCGCUUUUUGUGAAUUUUCUGGAUUUAAUUGAUUUUUUAAUACAAUUUCCCGACAGUCCCCGGCGCACAGAAAAGAUUGAGGAUCUGAGUGUUCUUUUUGUGCACAUGCAUCAUUUGCUGAAUGAGUUUCGACCACAUCAGGCGAGAGAAACAUUGCGUGUUAUGAUGGAAAUGCAGAAACGCCAACGUGUUGAGACAAUGAAUCGUUUCCAGAAGCACUUGGAACGUGUGCGCGAGAUAGUCAAUUCAGCCUUUGCUGCUAUACCCGAACUGCAGGAAGAGAAAGUCGACACUAAAAUUAAUAUCAAAGCGGAAGCAGACGCUAAGGAUGUACGAGGCGGAAAUGCAGCUGAUAAUAGUUAUCACCUUGACCGAAUUAUGUGUAAGGUACUCGAUGCAAUGGAUUGAGAUAAUUUGCUUGGUGCUUUCCAAUAAGUCACUACGUUUAAUUGCGGUUUAAAGUAUAUUAUUUUUAAUUAAGCGCCUUUCUUCAUAAUCAAAUUGUCAUUUAAUUUACAUAUUUUUGUGGCUGAAUCAUCAGUCAAUUUGAUCAUUUGAUUUAUAUUUUUAUUUUAUAAAAACAAUUUAUUAAGUUAACAUUAAGUUUCUUUCCGCAAGGAUUUAGAUUAUAAUAACAUUGCAUAUAAUUAAAAAAUUCUCGCCUUACUUCCAUAGUCUUGAGAUGAGAUUGUAUUAUAGAGAAAAAAAUAUAAAUUAUAUAUUC